CAUUGUUUUCUGGUAAGGGAGGAUCAUAAGGAUUAUCUUAGGUUCCUGUGGUACAGAAACAAUGACCUUAACAGUGAGAUUGUGGAUCACCGAAUGCGUGUGCAUGUUUUCGGGAAUAGCCCAUCACCAGCAGUGGCUAUCUAUGGCCUACGGAGAGCAGCCAAAGAAUAUGAAGAGAGUUUCGGCAGUGACACCAGAAAGCUGGUGGAGAAGGAGUUUUAUGUUGAUGACAUGCUGAAAUCGUGUGCUACAGAGGCAGAGGCGAUCGAUCUUCUCAAACGUACACAAGAGAUGCUUGCAGUGUCUAAUCUUAGACUGCACAAGAUUAUCUCCAACUGUCCAAGCGUGAUUGAAGCUUUUCCUUCGGAAGAUCGUGCUGAUGGAAUUAAGGAUCUGCAACUUUUCUCAAAUGGUCUUCCUAUCCUACGUAGCCUUGGUGUGUCCUGGAAUGUUGCAACAGACACUUUUGUGUUUCAUGUUUCAGAUGAUGACAAGCCUUUCACUCGGAGAGGAGUUCUAUCUACUGUGAAUGGCUUGUAUGACCCUCUUGGAUUCCUUGCGCCUGUUACCAUACAAGGGAGGUUACUGUUGAGGGAACUUACCAAACAAGGCGAGAGCUGGGAUUCACCUUUGCCAGAGGACAUGGAGGCUGAGUGGAGAAAAUGGAAAAAUUCUCUUCAAGAUUUAAAAGAGCUUCAAAUACCACGUGUUUGCACAUCCAUCCCUUUGUCUGAUGUCCAGAGUAAAGAACUUUGUGUUUUUGCGGACGCAUCAGUCAAGGCUAUUGCUGCUGUAGGAUACCUGAAGGUGACAGAUCAUCAUGGUCACACAGAUGUUAACUUCUUGUUUGGAAAAUCCAAAUUAGCACCACAGCCAGAUAUUACUGUUCCAAGACUGGAGUUGUGUGCUGCUGUAUUAGCAGUGGAGAUUGCAGAGUUGAUUGUGGAAGAGAUGGACAUAACCUUCGAUCAUAUCUGGUAUUACACUGACAGUAAAGUAGUACUAGGCUACAUUUGUAAUCAAACUCGGAGGUUCUAUGUCUACGUGAACAACCGAGUUCAACGAAUCCUAAAAUCCAGUUCACCAGCACAAUGGCAAUAUGUUCCCACAGAACUUAACCCAGCAGAUCACGGAUCUAGAUCUGUACCUGCAGCUUUCUUAGGUUCCACUUCGUGGCUCACAGGCCCACGCUUCUUGCAUAAUUCCCAGUUUCAGUCUGAAUCACAGGAAUCAUUUGAGCUUGUGGAUCCAGCCUUAGAUUCUGAGAUACGUCCACAAGUGUGUACAAACCUAACUGAAGUUCCCAAGUCCACAUGGAACUCUGAGAGAUUCAGCAGAUUCUCUAACUUUAACACUCUCAUUAGAGCAAUAGCACGUCUGAUUCACAUUGCCAGUUCUUUCUCCAAACACUCAAAAGAUGAUAGUUGUAGAGGAUGGCAUAUCUGCUGUAAAGGUCCUACUGAAGAAGAGCUGGAAAAAGCGAGAAUUCUCGUGUUGAAAAGUGCUCAAUAUGAGAGUUAUCCAACAGAGAUUCAGAGAAUCGUUGCCACUCAUAACCUUCCUCGUAAGAGUGUGUUGAGGAAACUAUCUCCUGUCCUUGACAACAACGGCUUACUUCGAGUAGGUGGGCGUAUCGUGAGGUCAGAUCUGGGAACUUGUGAAGUCAACCCUAUCAUCAUCCAAGGUACACAUCAUGUGGCAACACUGAUUGUACGGCAUUACCAUGAGGCUGUGAAACAUCAGGGCAGACACUUCACGGAGGGUGCUGUCAGAGCUGCUGGAUAUUGGCUAGUAGGAGGUAAAAGGUGCAUACGUAGUCUGCUUUUCAAGUGUGUAACCUGUAAAAGACUGCGAGGGAAGACAGGACAUCAGCAGAUGUCUGAUCUGCCUGUGGAACGGUUGACAAUAGCACCACCCUUUACCUAUGUGGGUGUUGAUGUUUUCGGACCAUGGGAAGUGACUGCUCGUAAGACCAGAGGAGGUCAAGCUAAUUCCAAGAGGUGGGCAGUUAUGUUUUCAUGUAUGUGUACAAGAGCAGUUCACAUCGAAGUGAUAGAGGCAAUGAGCUCUAGUAGUUUCAUUAAUGCCUUAAGAAGAUUUUUCGCAAUCAGAGGGCCAGUUAAGCAUCUAUAUUCAGAUCGUGGCACAAAUUUCGUUGGAGCUUCUCGAGAACUCAGAAUGGAUACAUCUUGUGUCAAUUCGGAGAAUGUGCAGAAAUAUUUAAAAGAACAGCAUUGCACCUGGAUAUUCAAUCCCCCUCACGCCUCUCAUAUGGGCGGCCACUGGGAGCGAAUGAUUGGGAUUGCUCGUCGCAUCCUUGAUUGCAUGUUACUUGAUGAGAGAAAUUCCCGUCUCACACAUGAGGUCUUGACGACAUUCAUGGCGGAAAUCACUGCAGUGAUGAAUUCACGGCCUUUAAUCCCAGUUUCUUCCGACCCUGAAUUUCCCUUUAUUCUCACCCCCGCUACUCUUUUGACACAAAAGACUGGUGCAACACCUCCCCCUCCCGGAGACUUUGGGAAUAACGAGUUGCUCAGGGAAGAAUGGAAACAAGUACAAAGGUUAGCAGACAUCUUCUGGACAAGGUGGAAAAAGGAAUACCUAAGUACUUUGCAAUCCCGACAAAAGUGGCAAGACAAAAAAUCUAAUUUGAAAGAGGGUGAUAUUGUCUUGGUAAAGAACAUUCAAGUUAACAGAAAUGAGUGGCCAAUGGCAAUUGUUGAGAAAACUUCACUAAGCAAAGAUGGACUGGUGAGGAAAGCUGAUAUUAAAGUGACUAAGGAUGGCAUUCAAAAAAUAUUGUCACGUCCUGUCUCCGAACUUAUCCUUCUUCUGUCUCCAGAUGGAUAAACUGAUUUGGGAUUCUUAAAAUCCCAGGCGGGGAGUGUGCUGGACUGAAUUGAUUUUGAUUUAUUAGAAAUGUUUAUUAUUUUGUAUGUGUCUGUUUAGUGAGGACUUUUAUUUUGAAAAGUAGUCACUUGUACUCUCUUAGUUCAGGAAACAGGAAAUGUGAGUAGUACUGCAGUAGUUCAUCAAAAUGUGGUAGCUGUUUGGCUAAUCCUUAAACAUCAUCCUUCUUUGCAUCUGUUAGACGCAACGUCUUUUCACAGUUGAUUCAUAAACUUCAUAAACGACUUGACGUCUCCAUCGAGGUUUUUUGAGUGACUGUUUAACUUACUGGAUAGUUAGAUGCCAGAAGUCUAAUAAGGCCAGUACAAUGUUUGUA